AUGACCGCAGACUCUCCUCAAGAAUUGAGAAAUAGACAGGCAAAAUUCACGGCCGAAUUGCAUGGUGACGAUAUUGGGUCCAAGACUGGGCUAAAGGCGUUUCUGUCAAAAAACAAAAAUGCCCAAAGUGAAGCCGUUACCAAAUAUUUGCGCCAUUGGGAUGGUAAAACCGACGAAGAGGCCGAGAAUCGUCGUUUGGAAGACUACAACGAAGCCACGCAUUCGUACUAUAAUGUGGUGACCGACUUCUACGAGUAUGGUUGGGGAUCGUCGUUCCACUUCAGUAGAUUUUACCCCGGUGAGAGUUUCACUGCUAGUGUUGCGCGUCAUGAACAUUAUUUGGCUUACAAGGCCGAUAUCAAAGCAGGCGAUCUUGUUCUAGAUGUUGGCUGCGGUGUUGGUGGCCCAGCUCGCGAGAUUGCCCGUUUCACUGGUGCUAACAUCAUCGGUUUGAAUAAUAACGAUUACCAAAUUGCUAAAGCCAAAUAUUACGCGAAAAAGGCAGGUUUGGCCGACCAGCUGGAUUUUGUCAAGGGUGACUUCAUGAACAUGCACUUUGAACCUGAAACGUUCGACAAAGUAUACGCUAUUGAAGCCACAUGCCACGCACCCAAGCUUGAGGGCGUGUACGGCGAGAUUUACAAAGUCUUGAAGCCUGGUGGUGUUUUCGCCGUCUACGAGUGGGUCAUGACCGACAAAUACGACGAAAAAAACCCUGAACACCGCAAGAUCGCAUACGAGAUUGAGCUUGGUGACGGUAUUCCAAAGAUGUUCCCCGCCCAGGUGGCACGUGAGGCAUUGUCUACUGUUGGGUUUGAGAUCCUACACGACCAAGAUUUGGCUGACAACGAAGAUGCUGUCCCAUGGUAUUACCCAUUAACCGGUGAAUGGAGAUAUGUACAGACGAUAUCGGAUUUGGCUACUUUCUUCAGAACUUCGUAUGUGGGUCGUAAAUUUACCACUACUAUGGUGACAAUAAUGGAAAAAGUGGGAAUUGCUCCUAAGGGUUCUCGUGACGUGACGUUGGCACUAGAGGAAGCAGCGGUUGGUCUUGUUGCUGGUGGUAAAGCCAAGCUGUUUACCCCCAUGAUGUUGUUCGUUGCUAAGAAGCCUGAAAACUAA